UCAAGCUUCUUGGAAACAUCAAAAUAAAUUAAAAAAAUAGAAAAUAAUAAAAUUUUAAAAAAAGUUCAAGUAUUUUCGAAAUUAAAAUUUUUAUGUAUUUUUUACUGGUUCAGUAAAAAAAAAGAAUCAUGGCAGACACACAUUGUCACAAACACAGUGAACCAACUUUUGAACCUUUUCCAUGUUCAAAUUACAAGUCAAAUGUAAAAAUUACUGGUGAGGGAUGUUCGUCAAAAUUAGAGGACGCGGUUAACAAGAUUGAGGGAAGACGUGUCGAUUUGGCAGAACGUCAACGUUAUUUAAAAGAUAAAGUUUCAACAAUGGAGAGAUCAAUUCCGGCCUUGAUGGCAUUUAAUAUGUGGAUGUCGGGACAAAAAUGCAAAGACGCUUCAUUUUGUAAAAUUCGAGAGAUUAUCAACACAUUUUCACCUGAUCUCGAUCCCACGGAAAAUCUCUUGCAGAAUCUCAAGAAGAACGUUCAGGAUAUUAAUCAAGAGAUAGAAGAGUUGCACGAAAAGAUAAUAGUGGCAGAUGUGGAUUUGGAAGAGAAGGGAAUGGAGCUGGAAUCUCUCGAGUUGUCAAACAAUGAGAUGAAUAAUGAAUUGAAAAAAUUGGAAAAAGAAGUUGCCGCCGAGACCACUUUAAGUUUACACUCGAUUCAUUCUGAGGAUUUAAUUUGCCUGAGUCGAAUUCGACAAUUAGGAGAAGAAGAAAGAAGUUUCAAAUGCUGCAUAAAACAAUUGGAAGAAAAAGAAAUGGCGUACAGACAACAAAUGGAAUUACUUUUGACAUCGAAAGAUUUUCAAAAUUCUCUCGGUGGAUCGCAUAUGGUUAGAAGACUCAAGGAACUUGAGAUGAACGAUAAGAAGUGGCGAUGCACCUAUCAAACUCUUAAGUAUAAUAUGCAUCAAAUGAAGAAGAAAAUCAUGGAGAAAAGUGAAAAACUUGUGAAAUUGGAAAAUCAAAGUGGAAUAGCUCAUUCAAAAAAUGAAAAAAAUUCAUCUUUAGAAGAAAAUCAGGAAGAAAAUAAUGAUGAUAAUGAUAUGAUUUCAAACAAGCAGCAAUGGACUUCUUGGACAGAAAAUAAUCGAAAUAAUCGUUUUUGUGGAAAGACACAAAUUAAUUAUUCCCCACAAUCGUGUUGCGUUCAUCUCCCGAAAAGCUCGAGUUUAAAGAAAAAAUCUUGUCGCUAUUCUGCCGACUCCCGUCACGGAUGUUCUCCAAAAAAUUCUGGAGGAAACAAACUUUGCUCUGACAAUCCACUUUGCCAAUCUGGAAUUUCUGGUCGAAGUUGCCGAUGUUCGUGCAAAGGAAAAUGUGCUCGUGACAAUUCCAAAAGUCCUUUUAAUUGUGGCGUUGAAUCAAAAAGUAAUUAUAAUCCUGGAUUGAAGGAUCAAGAUUUCCGAAAUCGUGACGAAAGUAAUAGUGACGAUGAAUUUCGCGAAUGCGACUGUGGAUGCAAUGACGAUGACAUACUUGGAAGUUGCUUACGAAAAAAAUAAUUUCCCAUAUUCAAGAAAUUUUUAUUAAUUAAUUUAAUUAAUUAAGGAUGUAAUUUUAUUUUUGGUAAUGAGUUGAAACAUAAAUUUUAUUCAUCAGUGAUAAGUACACAAAAUACAUUCUAAACGUUCUCUUAAA